GUUUCGUGAAAGACGUUUAAUAUCCACCGUAAACCUGCCCAUUUUCCUUCAUAGCGCCACUUCGACUUUGACUCGGUACGAUCUUGGCACUUAAGGCUUGGUAUAUAAAAAGCGAUAAAUUCAAAGGAUUCGUUAGCAUCGACGCAAAUCACACCCAAAAAAUGAUUCUAGCCCACAUUGCUAGAACCCUUGUGCUCUUUCUCCUGACCGUAGCAACGGCCCUCGCAACCUUAACCAGAUACACUGUCCCCGUCCCAGCAGGAACCUUGAUCCUGGAGAAGCGCCAACAGCUCAAUGACAUGGCGGCCGCGUACUCAAUGGGAAGCUUGGAUGAUCGAAAUGGUGGGUAUUACCUACUAGAUCACGAUGGGGAAAUUCUGGCCGUGGCAGCAGAUGGCUUGUGUGAGGAGCUCGACAUUUCGAUGACAUCGGCAAGAAGAGUCUACGAGCAGCACUCGCGUUCAGAGCUAUAUAACGGAGAGAUCCAGGAGGUUACCCUUCAGAGCCAUGAUGCACAGCUACGGAGAAAUGAUGAGAGCUCUUGUUCUCACCCCCGUUGUUAUACACAUGCACUGUGUGAAACUUAUAGCGAUUGCUUUGUGUGUUCUUCUAAUCAUCAUUGGUGUUACUAAUGCUGGAGCGUUC